AAACAUAAGUUUCGGUCAAGUGGACUACAUCCAGUGCUCAUUUUUAUAAUAGAGAAAGGUCGAUUCAUCUUUUGGAAAUAAAUUGGAGCGAAACUACUGAAAAACAUAAUUCUACAUUUGAAAGUUGAAUCGAAAAAAAUAGGAAAUGUCCAAAGGUAAAGGAAAAUUACAUUCGGAAACAGAAGAACAACAACGAUUACGAUUCCAAGUUGAGCUCGAAUUCAUCCAAUGUUUAGCAAACCCAAAUUAUUUACACUUUAUCGCGCAGAGAGGAUAUUUCAAAGAUCCUACAUUCAUAAAUUAUCUAAAAUAUUUGACAUAUUGGAAAGAACCAGAAUAUGCUCGUUAUAUCAAGUAUCCAAUGUGUCUGGCUUUCCUCGAUUUACUGCAAUAUGAGCACUUUAGACGUGAAAUUGUUAACUCGCAAUGCGUAAAAUUUAUCGAUGAUCAAGCGAUUUUAUUAUGGCAACAUUAUACUCGAAGGCGGAUGAAAUUAUUGGCAGCAGCUCAACAGAAUCAACAAAAUGGUCAGAAUAUUUCAAAUGGCCAUCAACAACAAAACGGAAACUCGAAUGCUGAUCCCACCGGAGGUUGAGUUUUGAAUCGCAAAAAUAAAUAAUACUUAAUAAUAAUAAUAAAAGAAAUGCUGUAAAAUUUAAGACAUCGAACCGCCACUAGGAAUCGAAUAAAUCAGAAAACUCUAAACAAAACUUUUA